ACCGAUUAUUUUACAAAUUCCGUGACCGUCUUUAUUUUCCUCCCAAGAAUAAAAUUAAAAUUAAAAUUAAAAACGCUUCUUAAAACCCUGCCGAUAGCGGAAGGAGCUCUCCACAAGUUCUCUAAUGGCGGCGAGUCUGGGAAAUCUGCCGGAAGAAGUGAUGAUCGAGAUUCUGUCGAGGCUACCGCCGGAGUCUCUUGUCCGAUUCAAGUGCGUACGCAAGUCCUGGUACGCCCUAAUCAACAACCCUAAUUUCGCCACAAAACAUUUCGCCAAUUUUCCCCAAUCCUCCACCACUGUUCUUCUCAAGCGUCUCGUCACCGAGGAAUCUGGCAACAAACAAAAUAUGUUCACAUUCCUCAAAUUUCCCCUCCACGAUCAUCAAUCGGCAUCCGUUCUGGACUUCGAUUUGCCAUUCGAUGAGAAUUUUCAGUAUUUCGAAUUCCGCGGCCAUUCUCACGGCUUAGUUUGCCUAUCCGACCUCCGCAGCGAUAUUAUCCUCUGCAAUCCGGCCACCAGGGAGUUCCGCAAGCUCCCGCCGUCGAUCCUUCUCCUCACCGAACCCCCGGAGGAG